CCUUGAUAUAAUAUCUUGAUUUCCAUAACAAGAUGAACAUAAUCAUUAUUGUGCAAUAGUUUUCUACAUGGAGGAUACUAGGUUGAAGCUCGAAUUGCCUGGAUUUCGAUUUCACCCGACCGAAGAAGAGUUGCUAGAAUAUUAUCUCAAAAAGAUGGUUUCUGGCAGCAAUACUUGUGCCAAAAUAAUCGGAUUUCUCAACAUUUACCUCUACGAUCCUUGGAUCCUGCCAGAACUCUCUAAGAUUGGGGAGAGAGAAUGGUAUUUUUUUGUGCCAAGGAGCAUAAAGAAUGGUAACGGGGGAAGACCAAAUCGAACCACCAAAAAUGGGUUUUGGAAGGCAACUGGGUCGGAUCGUAAAAUAUUCUCUUCAUCUAAGACAAACAAGUACCUUGGCUUGAAGAAAACUUUGGUGUUCUACAAAGGCAGGGCACCUAACGGAAGCAAAACAGAUUGGGUCAUGAGUGAGUACCGGUUGCCCGAGUCUUCCCCAUUAUCAAAGGAAAUGGUGCUGUGUAAAGUAUACCGAAAGGCAACUUCCAUCAAGGUGUUGGAGCAAAGGGCAGCCAUGGAAGAAGUACAGAUCCCUUCCUCUCCAAGUUCGAUUCAUAGUCAGCAUCUUGACUCGUUGGUACCACUACCAAUAAAAUCAAUCAAUGUUGAAUCCAACUUGAAGAGUGACGCCAGCAAGGAACCGAGCCUGAAAUUACCAACAGGAGCAGAAAAGCUAUCAGAACUCCGAUUGCCAAAAAGGGACACGGAUUGGUGUCAAGAUUCACAGUUUCGUAGCCCAUGGCUACAAAAUCUGAUUUACACCCCUUCUCCUUGUGCCAAUAAACUUAACUUUUAAUUGUAACAGAUAUGCCUAUAAUAUUGUUAUUAUUGA